UUUUCGCCCAGGCAAGCAAAGCGAAUCCUCAGCUCUUCUUCAUUGGCUCAUCUCGACUCUGUUCUUCAAAUUCAGCUGAAACCCUAACCCUAAUCCCCAAAUCCUACCUCUCUACCUCCUUAUGAGCCAAAAUCCAUACUUGCUGCAGCUCCCACUCGCAAUCGCCCGAAAACGCUGAAUCCGGUCCUCAAUUUUGGCUCCCCCAAUGGCCGUAUCCGUCUCUUCUCCGCCCCCCGGCGGGGACGGAGACGACGACUUUGCCGCCGCGUGGUAUGGCAACAUCCAGUACCUUCUCAACAUAUCGUCGAUCGGGGCCUUCUUCUGCGUCUUCAUCUUCCUAUCCCUCAAGCUCCGGAGCGACCAUCGCAUCCCUGGCCCCGCUGCCCUCGUCACCAAGCUCCUUGCCGUGUGGCAUGCCACUGGCCACGAGAUCGCCCGACACUGCGGGGCUGACGCCGCCCAGUUCCUCGUCAUCGAGGGCGGCAGCUUCGGCCUGCUCCUGCCCAUGGCCGCACUCGCAGUUUUUGUAUUGCUUCUGGUUAAUCUCUACGGAGGUAAUGCUGUCAUGACCGAUCAGUUCUCAAAAACGACGAUAACACACAUCGAGAAGGGCUCGAGCUUGCUCUGGAUCCACUUCCUGUUUGCGGUUGUUGUCAUCAUCUUAGUGCAUUUCGGUAUUAACGCCAUACAAGAGAGGCUAAAAGUUACUAGGUUUAGAGAUGGAAAUGGGAACCCUAGCUACUCUAGUGCGAACUCAACUGCCAUAUUUACGAUCAUGGUGCAGGGUUUACCAAAGAGUUUAGGAUCUGAUAACGUCGAGUUGAAAGAAUAUUUUCAGCACAAGUAUCCGGGGAAGAUUUAUCGGAUCAUCUUACCUAUGGAUUUGUGUGCUUUAGAUGAUCUAGCCUCAGAAUUAGUUAAGGUUAGGGAUGAGAUCUUUUGGUUGGUUGCUCGAAUAGACUCGAGGCUUUUGCCCGAGAAUGGUGGAGACCAGGAGUAUGGUGGUGAUCUGGUGGAGGGAAUGCGGCGUCGGUUGGUCCGUAUAUGGAGGAAAGUGAAUCAUUGCUGGGAUCGGGUCUUGGAAAGCUUUGGUUUUACCGACGAGGCAAAGCUGAGAAAAUUACAGGAACUGAGAGCGGAGUUGGAGACUGAGCUAUCGGCUUAUAAAGAGGGCCGUGCACCCGGUGCAGGCAUCGCGUUCGUGAUAUUCAAGGAUGUAUAUACAGCCAAUAAAGCAGUCCAGGAUUUCAGGAAUGAAAAGAAGCGGAGGAUGGGGAAGUUCUUCUCUGUGAUGGAGCUGCGGCUUCAGAGGAACCAGUGGAAGGUUGAGCGGGCCCCACUGGCUACAGACAUCUACUGGAACCACCUGGGACUGACGAAGUUCUCAAUGAGGCUUCGAAGAGUGAUUGUUAACACCUGCUUGUUGCUAAUGCUAGUCUUCUUCAGCUCCCCUCUCGCAGUAAUCACUGCGGUGAAGAGCGCAGGAAGAAUUAUUGAUGCAGAAGCAAUGGACAAUGCCCAGUUGUGGUUGGCUUGGGUUCAGAGCUCGAGUUGGUUUGGUUCCCUGAUCUUCCAGUUCUUGCCUAAUGUGAUCAUAUUCUUGAGUAUGUACAUAAUAAUCCCGUCGGUCCUUUCCAAUCUCUCGAAGUUCGAGCGGCACUUGACUAUGUCGGGGGAGCACCGGGCAGCCCUAAUCAAGAUGGUCUGUUUUUUCCUGGUUAACCUCAUCCUCCUCAGGGGCUUGGUUGAGUCAUCCCUAGAGAGCGCUCUCCUAAGAAUGGGCCGGUGCUAUUUGGAUGGAGAGGAUUGCAAGAAAAUUGAGCAGUACAUGAGCGCGUCAUUCCUCUCAAGAUCGUGCCUCUCCUCUCUUGCCUUCUUAAUCACCAGUACUUUCCUUGGGAUUUCCUAUGAUCUACUGGCCCCGAUACCUUGGAUCAAGAACAAGAUCAAGAAGUUUCGGAAAAAUGACAUGCUUGAGCUCGUCCCCGAACAAACGGAUGGCCGACCGCUUGAAGAGCAGCAGGAAAUCUCAAGCCUUCGCAGGCCCCUUCUGCCACAGAAUAUAUUUGACUCGCCAAGAGCAAAUGGAGCCGAGAUUCCUGGGCAGGACCUCACAGAAUACCCCUUGAACAGUGCAUCCCCUGUGCCAAAGCAGACAUUUGAUUUUGCCCAGUAUUAUGCAUUUAACUUAACAAUAUUUGCCCUCACAAUGAUAUAUUCUUCCUUCGCUCCGCUUGUGGUACCUGUUGGAGCAGCUUACUUCGGCUACAGAUAUGUGGUCGAUAAGUACAACUUCCUGUUUGUGUAUAGAGUGCGCGGGUUUCCUGCAGGUAAUGAUGGGAAGUUAAUGGACACGGUACUGAGCAUAAUGAGGUUCUGCGUGGAUCUCUACCUGCUAUCGAUGCUUCUCUACUUCUCCGUCCGAGGAGAUUCCACAAAGCUUCAGGCGAUCUUCACGCUCGGGUUGUUAGUGGUGUACAAACUUUUGCCUUCUAGUAAUGAUAACUUCCAUCCUGCUCUUUUGGAAGGUGUACAAUCUGUUGAAACUGUUGUUGAGGGGCCUAUUGACUAUGAGGUUUUCUCACAGCCCAAGUUCGACUGGGAUACAUACUACACGUAAUGUAAAUCGUCAGCUUUGUACCAUUGACUUGUCUCAUUGAUUUGCUCGUUUGAUGCCACCUUCUCUGGUCUUUGAAGAAA